AUGAACAUGAUGAAGGUGGCUAAUUAUUUGGGGAAAGUGAACCUGUAUGUUGUGCAUGGGGUGGACGAACCAGCUAUUGUAGAAAAUGAUGACAAUGAGAUUUUGUACGUAUGUGAAGGUCCAGCAGACAGUGGUGAGGGUAGUGACGUUGGAGGAGAAGCACAUGUUGAGGGUGACAAGGAGGAUGGUGAGAAUGAAAAUGUCUGGGAGGAAGACAAGGAGGAUGCAGAAGAUGUUGAGGUUGAGAAUGAGGGAUUAGUGGAAGUGCACAUUGAGGAUGGAAGGGAGGAUGGAAGGGAGGUUGAAAGUGAAGAAGAAUUGGAAGUGGACAUUGAGGAGGGAGGGGAGGUUCGUACUGAACAAGAGGUGGAAGUUGACAUUGAGGAUGGAGGGGAGGUUCCUACUGAACAAGAAGUGGAAGUUGACAUUGAGGAUGGAGGGGAGGUUCAUACUGCACAAGAAUUGGAAGCAGACAUUGAGGAUGGAGGGGAGGUUCAUAGUGAACAAGAAUUGGAAGAAAACAUUGAGGAUGGAGGGGACAGUGAUGAUGAACCUGGAAUGGAUGAUCUCAGUGGUGAUGAGUAUGUGGAUGCAGACAAUGAUGAAGAAACCCAACAACAAUGCAGGGGUUUGUCAGAUGAUGAUUGGGAGUCUGAUAUGCUUGUAACUCCUGAAAACAGUUCAAGUGAGGAGGAUUACAACGAGGAUAGAUUAUGUAUGGGUGGUUUCUCAAAAUAUACAAAACAGAAGUCCAUGGCAGAUUACAAGUGGGAAGUGGGCACCAUUUUCAGUGGGAAGGAAGAGUUUAAGGAUGCUAUUAGAAGGUAUGCUGUUCAUGCUGGGAGGGAUCUAAAAUUUGUGAAGAAUGAUAAGCGUAGGGUGAGGGUGCGCUGCAUGGGUGGCCAAGGGAAGUGCCCAUGGGUAGCUUACUGUGGGUACUUGCCAUCACGCAAAAUUUGGCAAUUAAGGAAGAUAAUUGAUACUCACGGUUGUAGUAGGCAACUUAACAUCAAACUAAUGAAUGCUCAGUGGUUGAGUGAAGAAAUAGAUAGGUCUUUAGUUGACAAUCCUAACUUAAAGGUGAAUGAUAUUCGUACUAAAGCAUUAAGAAAAUGGAAUACAAAUGUGUCAAUAUCCAAGGCACGAAGGGCAAAGUUAAUUGCCACAAGACAGCUUGAAGGAGAUUUCAAAGAACAGUAUAAAAGGAUAUACGACUAUGGACAUGAGUUGUUGAGGUGUAACCCAGGUUCAACAGUGCAGAUUAAAGUUGACUCGCAUAAUGGUGAUACAAUCUUCCAAAGAAUGUAUGUUUGUCUGAAAGCUUGUAAAGACAGCUUCAAAAGUUGUAGGCCCAUAAUAUGUUUAGACGGAUGUUUUUUGAAAGGUUAUUACAAGGGAGAGCUUCUCACUGCUGUUGGUAGGGACCCAAACGAUCAAAUGCUACCACUUGCCUAUGCAGUAGUAGAAGUGGAGAACAAAGACAGCUGGACAUGGUUCUUGCAAUUAUUAAUUGAAGACCUCGGUGGUAGUGAAGUAUGUGGGGGGUGCACGUGGAUGUCAGACCAGCAGAAGGGGUUGGUCCCAGCUAUCCAAGAGCUUCUUCCUGGGGCAGAACAAAGAUUCUGUAUGAGGCACCUGUAUGCAAACUUUAGAAAAAGGUUUGGUGGUCAAAUUUUAAAAAACCUGAUGUGGACAGCUGCCACAAGCACAUAUCCACAGGCUUGGGAGAGAGAGAUGCUGAAAAUUAAAGAAGUCAAUAUUGAAGCAUAUAAAUACCUCAUAGCCAUUCCCCCGAGGUUUUGGUCAAGAUCUCGCUUCACAGGUCAAGCAAUGACUGAUACACUAGAUAACAACAUCAGUGAAGCUUUCAACAGUGUUCUUAUUCAUUCAAGAGGAAAACCUAUUAUAACCAUGAUGGAGGAUAUCAGAGUUUAUCUCAUGAAAAGGUGGGCCACCAAUAGAACCAAGGUGGCAUCUAUGGAGUUCACAAUAUGCCCAAAGAUAAAGAAGAGACUUGAGAAGGAAUGUAAUCUGUCAAGAUAUUGGGUGCCAAGCUGGUCUGCACGAAAGAUUUUUGAGGUUAGGCAUACUUCUUCAGUUGGGAACAAGUUCACACUGGACCUGGACACAAAGGAGUGUAGCUGCAGAAAGUGGAUGAUUAGUGCCAUUCCAUGCUGUCAUGCAAUUGCAGCAAUGAACUUCUCCAACGUUGAUCCACAGACUUUUGUCCCCAAUGUGUUCACAAGAUCCACCUAUGAAGAGGUCUAUGCGUCCAUCAUUUUUCCACUCAAUGGCCACCUACUAUGGGAAAAGACAAAUUUCAAUGAUGUACUACCACCACUGAUCAGGAAGAUGCCUGGGAGGCCAAAGAAAAAAAGGAGGUUGGAAGCAUGGGAGCUAACUAAAGAUCAGACUCAAAUGCGUGUUGGUGGCCAUAAGAAAAAAUGUAGUCUUUGUCGUAACAUGGGGCACAACAAGAGUAACUGCCCUUUAAAGCCCCAGCCAGUAGAAACAACACAACCAUCACAGCCACCUCCAAGUUCACCAACCCCUGAACCAUCACAGCCAUCUCCAAGUCCCCAAUCACCCCGGCCAACAAAAUGCAAAGUCAGAAGAAAACGUACUUAG